AUGUCUGCCCCCAGCCACAACAACAUCACCGACGAGGAGAUCCGCGAGUAUUUCCUCCUUGUCGACAUCAACAACACCGGCGUCGUCUCGGGCGACAAGCUGGACACGCUGGUCCGCGCGCUCGGCUACGUCCCCCGCCCGGGCGAGAUUCACAACUUUGGCUCUCUCACGCUCGAGGAGGCCUUGGUCAAGAUCCCCCGCACCCGGACGGUUUUCUCCAAGAACAACAUCCUGGAGGCCCUGCACAUUCUGGGCAUCGACGAGAACUCCGCCGUGAACACCACUGUCCUGCGGAACCUGUUCACCAGCGUCGGCCAGCCCCUGACCAACCAGGAGGUCGAGGAGCUGUUCUCCUCUCUCCCGGUCACUAACGGCCUUGUCCUGGCCAAGGACCUCGUCGAGAUCCUCGGCGUGUGA